AUGUCCGACUUCAAGUUCGUGCCCACCAUCGAUCUCGCGAUGUUAGACAACCCGAGCUCCAGGACGCAGCUAGUGCAGCAGCUUCGUCAAGCACUGCUAGACGUGGGCAUGUUUUAUGUGGCCAACCCUCCAUUGAGUCCCACGGUAGUUGCGGAGGCCAAAACACAAUCCGAGGCCUUUUUUGCACUCCCUUUUGCAGAGAAAACGAAGCUGGACAUUGCCAAUAGCCCUAGCUUUCUAGGAUACGCGAUGCUAGGGGCAGAGCGAACCAACAAUCAGGUCGAUUGGCGGGAGCAUCUAACGCUCGCAUCGCCUGGUCCUGAAUCCAUCUCCGGGCCUGUCUACCGGCGCCUUCUAGGGUCUGGUCAAUGGCCGUCCGCCUCGUUGCUUCCCCGGUUUACUCCCGUUUUGCAGACACUCUUGGCCGAGUCAACGGCACUGGUAACGACUCUCCGGCGGUUGAUUGCUGAGGCAAUCGGGGUGGACAGUGACAAGCUGGAGUCGUUGUUUGAUGCUCACCACCAGCAGUACCGAAUCCGACUGAUCCGCUAUCCGGAGGUAGCAGCCUCCGCCGAGGAAACCCAGUCGCUAGGUGCCCAUCAGGAUACGUCCUUUAAUACCUUAAUCUUUCAGAUCGGGGCACAGCACUGCCUGCAAGCGCGCAACAACCACGGCGAGUGGGUGGACUGUCCUCCGAUCCCAGACCAGCCCAUCUUUGUCGUCGGUCGAGGCUGCCAGGCGGCAACACAUGGUCUUUGCCGGGCCCCAUUCCACCGAGUGAUUCCUCCUGCCCCUGGCAGCGGGAGUCGCCUCAGUAUUGUGGUCACCACAGGCAUCGGAUAUGAUACCCCGCUGAAAUCGCCGAAGACCAGUGAAGUGCUGUCCACGAUGCGUACCCAGAUUGUAGCCAAUAACCCUGGGCAUGAGGUGAGUCUGAAUGAGGGCCUGGAGGAGGAUGACGAAUUCGAGACCGUGGGCAUGAAGGUCUUGCAUAAGCUGGCUAAGAGUUAUCCCGAGGUGACAAGACGUUGGUACCCCGAACUGUUGGUUGAACCCUCCCAUUGA